GCUGGUUCUCGGUAGUCUCCAACAACAGUGGUACCGGAAAUGCCAGAGUGUACAGAAGAGUCGGUGCCUUGGUGCGCGCCGGAGUACCGGCAUUCCUGCUUGCGAAACCACUGCGGGCUUACACGUUGACGCACUCCAAAAUGGAGAAUGGAAAUUUGCGUGCCCACUAUACGAAGACGACGGUGCGUGCCGGCGAGGUCUUGCGGCUGACCGCCGUUUUCCAGGACACUCGUCGGGCACCGGUCGCCACCGGCGCCUCCGGAAUGGUCCCGGAAGGCAAAUGCUCGAGAUCGUCGGAGCGGGAUCAGUACGCCCAGUGCUUGGACUCUCACGGGCAUGAGUUGUUCGCGCCGCUUUCGGCCAGAGGCGAGUUCUACGCGACCUGUCAGAGCGGUAGCCUCGACACCGGCAGCGACGCGGUGCUCUACAGGGUUCACCAGCUCGCCAGAAGGGAUCUACCCCUGAGGGUACGUCUAGUCGCUGGACCCCUGCCCGUACCGUUGCCGCGAGAUUACAGCGGCCUGAUGCAGUUGGAGAACGCGACCAGAGGGCCGAUAGUUCUCGGGUGCGCGGUACCGCUAAUGCCCGAAAGACCCUUACCCAAUACCACGGUGCCGGAACUCCUGGAGCUCGUCGCGAUCGGUCCAACCGCGCCUCGGGUGAAAAGAGCACGACUCGGAUGCCCUUCUGAGGCGAGAUUGCUUGCUUCGCCGAAAAUGCAGCGAUUGCUUUCAGCUUGCAGAAGAGCCUUAGACCAGAGGGCGACCGAACCUCGAGUCGCCCCGCCGAAACCGGCGUCCAACAAUAGUCAGCUGAAAGAGCUGCAUUUAAAGGAGAUUAAAGCGAAGCCCGAGACGAAACCAAUACUGCAGAGCUUGAAAGAGGGUCUGGAGCACAUCAAGAAGACGACGAUCCGCGACCGGAGCAACAGUCGCAGCGCCGGCAAUAAUCACAGUUUCCUCGACAAGAUCUCGAGGAUAGCGCAGGGUGGCAAGAGCAGAAACCCGGCGAAGAAAUCGGCGUCUUUCACGUUCGCCGUACGACCGGAGAUCGGCAUGCGAUCGCCGGAGAGAUAUGCCAGUUUGGAAUCGGAAACGAAUCUGAUGCAGGCAUCGCAUGCGUCGUCCAGGCAACAAGUGCAGCGUUCGAUCUCGACGAGCGUCCUCGAGGUGCAGACCAAUAGUCCGGACAUGGAUCCACCGUACUCCAAGGUGAGAGACAGCCUGACGCCGUUGCCUCCCACUCCGCCGCCGAAACCGGAGGAGAUCUAUGCCGAAAUCUGCGAGCCGGGCGGCGGCGGCGGCGGCCAUGGCCCAUUGCGAGAUUUGUCGCAGGAUGAAAAAUUGCCGCCGGUGGGAGGGAACGGUACCAGGGAGCGAGAUCGGGGCUACGUGAAGCUCGCACCGUCCGAGAUGUCGGACGUGUCGGCGAGCACCGGCGACGACGAGGAGGGCAUUUACAAUACUGUGUGCUGAGCGCGCGUUUUCUUCCGUCGGGAUAGAACCCAACAUCCGCGGGGAAUCGUUUGUGAUUCGUGGUAACUGACUCCCAGGGUCGACCGGAACAAAUGAUGUGACGUGUACGGAGUCGAAAGGUCGCGGGAACUCUUCGAGUUGCGGGUAUCGAUGAACGUUUACAGACGCGAGGAGUAUUGGCGUUAUUCGUCUCGAGAGGAUCGUUUGAAGAUCCUUAAAAUGUUAAAAUGGUCGAGCCCCCCCAGUAUUGUCAUAAAUGUUUUUUUUUUUUAGCGAGAGAUACGAGAGAACAAACAUACAGUUUUUUAUUAAUUGAAAAUUUUCUCUAUUUUUAUAUGAUUAUAAGAUUAAAAACUAGAGAUUAAAUAGCCGCCGACUGUUGAUCUGCCGUUAAAAGGAUAAGGCUACAAGCCGGGGGAGGGGGGGAUAUUGGAGAUAAAAGCGAUAUAUUGAUCGCGCAUCCGCGAACGAGUUGACGAGGGAUUUACGGCUCGGACCACUGUCAAGGAAAUUGCUACGCCGACGAUUUCUUUUGCCGCGAGAGGACACGAACGCGAACGCGUUCAUCACGGGGUAUUGCGCGGAAUGAUUUACAAGGCUGUUGACCGAGGAAAAUGAUCCCGUAAUUACGGGCCCCAGUGCAUGCUGCUGCAGCGGAUGUAGCGGGGCAUGCCGACCGGGGAUAGCACGCAGUAUCGCUUCUUCGUGGCUUCCGUCAUUAGAGAAUCUGUCGUCUUGCGAGAGGCGUGUUAAUACUAGCGGAUUCUUACCGCUAUUACCUCGGCCACGGCCGCUGAGCGACAUUGGUGUCGGAAAAAUGCGCCCGCUCAGAAUUAACCCCGCUCGAGCGAUAUCUGUUGAUCUGUUAAUCUCACAGAUAUUGAAAACUGUGAAUUUCGAUGAUCCUACAACAAUAAACAUGUGGUCAGUAAUUUGAUCAAAUAAACCUCGAAAAUCAACUCAGAUAUUUGCUGUUGAAAAUUCUAUAAUGGUAAAUCUAAUAAUAUUUGAUAAUACAAAUUUCUUAUCUUUAAAAAGAUUUUUUUUUGAUCGACAAGAAAACACACGGAAGUGUUUCCUCUUCUGAUUUUAAUAAGUUUAUAAGUUAAAAUCUGAAAAUCUCAAAAUAAGGAACAUAUAUAUUUUUUUAUAUGUACCUCUGUGCAUUUUUAAGAGGUCAAACACCUCUCUGAAAUAAAUCUUUUUUUUUUCUUCCCAGAGCGAAUAUCGUUGAAACUAUGAGAAAAUAAUAAGAUAUAAGAUAUGAAAAAUAUAAAAUAGAAAAUUUUUUUUGAAAUAAAUAUGUAAUAGUUUUAAGAAUACUUUACAAUAAUGUUUCCAGGUUUUUUAAGAAUGUUGUAAUUUUUAACAUACCUCCACCAUUCACUUCUUUUUUGUAAGUCAUAUUCUGAAAUAUGUACAAAUUGAAAAAUAAGUGGUAAGACUUUCAUAUGCGCAUUACUUAUCCUACCCGCUCGCUACAUCUACACUACAUUUUCUCUUCGUACUUUCUCAUAAUAAGAGAUCAUUUUAUUACUAUAGUUAUGCAAAAUAUUAACUAUAUAACAUAUCAAUAUAAAAACAACAAUAAUAAUAUUAAUAUAAUGAAACUUAAUAGCCAUCCGAAUUGUAAAGAAUUGAAUGACAAAUAUAUAACGUUAAAAAUAAAUCGCGUUUUGAAACGUGUACAGAUUGUGGAAAAAUAGUCAAUUAUAAUCGUGGUGUGUAUUUAUUACAAAAUCAUCUCGUAAUAAGUCACAAAGUUUUCGCUUUACUUAAAGUAAACACUUUAAAUUGAGAUGUGCGGUGUCACGUUCUGUCAAAAGUUAGUUCGUCCGUUUUUGGGUCAAAACAUUUAAGUAAUUUACCCGGGAUUUGGACCAGGUUGUGGGAUUAAUUUAGUUCGAAGAGAAAACGAAUUUGGCAAAUCCUGUUGCCACACUGUUUGGCAGCGACAAGAAUCAGGAAAUUUCUGUUGCCACGCUAUUUGGCAGCGACAGUUAAGGAUUGUGGAAUUAAAGGUUUUUAGUGUAAAUUAGUUUAAGAAAUAGAAUUUAAAUCACCUUUAUUCAAGGAGACUUUCCUUACAAUUUUGGUUUAAGAUUCAAAUUGCAGUUAAGAUCUGUCUUAAGUCAGAAUUUUUAAAGACUAUUAGCAAUGACAACUACUAAUUCCCAACAACAACUGACUGUACGAUUAUUUUUCGCUCUUAUUUAUACUCAAGUGGCAAGACCCCCCCCCCCGCGCGAGCUUCUCACCACUUCUUUUGUCUUUAUGUUUGAAGGAGGAGGAAGGUCUUAUCACUAGGUGUAAUUUUAUCCCUUGUGAACCGCGGCCUGAGAACCGUCUCCCCAUCAGAAAUCGGAUAAUUAAUCAAUAUCGAUUCUUCGCUCUUAACAUUCUUGGCUAUUUUUAGAUUGAAUUUUGCUCGCACGUAACACCUUCCCCCUUAAGUCAUACGUGGUACGUUUGUUACCGCGUAUGAAUUGUUAAAAGAAAAAUUGAAUUAAAAAAAUAAAAGAAAAAUUGAAUAAAAGAAAAAUUGAAUCGAA